UAGUCGGUGUCUAAACAUCCAGGUAUUGUCUGUUUGGUCAUAACGUGACCAUCGCUAAUAAGAUGGAGUCACACAGCGAGGAGAUGCGGAUUAACAUCAGUCCCACCACGUACCAGUGAGUAGAGAUAUUCAGUGACCAAGUAUUAAAUAUAGUCGGUGUCUAAACAUCCAGGUAUUGUCUGUUUGGUCAUAACGUGACCAUCGCUAAUAAGAUGGAGUCACACAGCGAGGAGAUGCGGAUUAACAUCAGUCCCACCACGUACCAGUGAGUAGAGAUAUUCAGUGACCAAGUAUUAAAUAUAGUCGGUGUCUAAACAUCCAGGUAUUGUCUGUUUGGUCAUAACGUGACCAUCGCUAAUAAGAUGGAGUCACACAGCGAGGAGAUGCGGAUUAACAUCAGUCCCACCACGUACCAAUGCCUGAAGGACAUCCCAGGAUUCGAGUUCGAAGCACGCCCUAAGGAAUGCCUGCCGGCGGAGUUCCCCCAGGAUACCGAAGGCACCUGUUACUUCCUGAACCGCUACCUGCAUCCUUCACUACCGGAAGGACGAUGUGUUGAGGACCACGUGGCCGCUGGAAUGGCAGCAGUUUCCGGCCAGUAGAAAUCUCCUUCUCUGGGCCACUAGGAGCGUUCUUCAGUGGAUACCAUCACAUUAUAUAUGCAUAUAGAUGUUCUAAAUAUGACGGUCUCUGGCAGCUUGAGACAAAAUAUCUUCCGAAGACAUGUGAUUAUGCUCUAUCAUAAAUGUCUUAGACCACUUGCCCUGACCGUAUCUCUAGUGUAAUGUUCUGUCUGGAGACUACUUCUGACAGACACUCCAGGAUACAGAAGGCCCUGUAAAUGUUAACUGGGAGUAUUUUCAUAACCUACCUACCUGAUGGAUGGCCCUCAGAUUGAGAUGCCAUUGCAAACAAGAACGUGUUAUGAAUUGUAUAAAUUUAUUUUUCUUAGAAAUGGAAGCGAUAAUUCUACUGCCGCUUGGAAUUCCUAUAUUUUCGUAUUGGUUUGUGUAUUAUUUUAAAUGAUGUGCUUCAGCCUGAAAAAAUAUUUAUAGAAGCACUACUGAAACAAACCGUAAUGGAAUAGAAAGUUGAAACAUUCACUAAUUAGUACAUUAGAUGAAAACAUUAUUGGUACAUGUUCCCCACUACAUUUAAGUUAUGGAAUGUGUGGAGAACGACGUAAAUUUUAAAAUGCAAACGUAAUACUAUGCAACUGUUUUCAACCGCAAAUAUGCAAACGAACUAUAGAGUACGGAUAAUAUAUUCUAAAUCAUAAUUGAGAGACAUAAUCAUAAUGGUUAUGUAUAUAUUUUUAUAAGAAUCACGCCAAACGUCUUAUAAGUAAAAUUUUUGCAUCACUCAAAUACAUGAUAAUACAAUUCUAUAGACGACGCAAAGUAA